UCACAUACCAACAAUAAUAUUGGAUAAAACCUAUUAAUAUCUCACAAAUAUUUGCAUGAUUAUAUUUCAAUAUAAUUUCACAUAAUUGUCAACACAUGAAUUAUAUCAUACUAACAUGGUAGGCAUAAUUCACAAAUAUCAUACACAUAUGGUUUCACAUUUCUAUUGAUUCACAAAAUCAAUGUAUUUAUACAUGUCAUAUAAAGCUCAUAAAAAUGUCAUUAUAAUAAUUUUCUAUUAUCACAAAACAAGACAUUUAUAUAACAUGCUAGCACAUAACCCAAUAAUCCACUAGAGAUUAUUUACACAAGAUGUUAAUUAAUCACAUAUAGCAAAAAUUCAAGAUGUUGAAGUAUCUUCUAAUCUAACCACUAUAUUUGCAAAAGCAAAGAAGAUUAGAAAACAAUGAACCUCAUUUAUAAAAUUUUGUUGUACUCAUUUCUAUCACUAUAUGAAGUCAUUAGAUCUUCUAAGAGAAAACAAAGAAGAACAUUACCUUUGAUGAGAAACUUAUACAAGAUCUUUAUUUAUUUUCAUGUAGAUCUAAUAUUAAACAAAUUAAUAUGAGAUAACCUAGAACAUGUUUCUAAAGUUGAAUUCAAAGAGAAACAAAGAUAAGAAUACUUACAGUAUACGCAGCGGAAUGAAUGAGUCAUUCCUUCAGUUUCUCUAACCCUUGUAUCUUUUUUGUCACAGAGUAUUAUCAAGAAACUGAACCGAUUUUCUAUUUUCUUCACAGUCUUCCAAAGUAUUCUUAGAAUAACCUAGACUAGAGUGGGCAAUUCUCAACACAUGAGAUAGAUACAGAGAGAAAAAAGAAAAUUACAAAGAGGCUUAGGAAAUGACUUGUGUUUAGAGAGAAUCUAAAACCUAUAAGAAAAUCUGACUUCUGAACUUUUCUUUUGACUUCACUCUAAGCACUCAUUUUAUAGACUCAAUUAGGCCAUUUCAUUUAAUUAAAAAAUCAAUAGAAUAAUAGCCAAUUUGAAGCCCUAGGUCGAAAUUAUAAUGAGCUUUAGGCCCGUGAAAUUUCUCAUUUGAUUAUAAACUCAUUGGACUUAAAAUCAAGGUCUGUAUUAUUUUCUAUUGAUUUAAUUAAUUAAAUUAUUAUUUAAAUCAUUUAUCAAAUUAAUUAUUUAUAAUUUGAACAUUGAUUUAAACUCAUUUAUUAAUUUAGAUACAAAUUUACCUUAAUUAAUAAAUCUGCCCUAAUUUAUACUUUCUUCUCAAAAUUACAUAAUUCUAUGAAACUAUCCAAAAUUGACCUGGUCAACUUUGAUAAUUCUAAUUGAUAAUUAAAUCAAUUAAUUGAGACUAUCUGGAUGAUUUUAUCAAAGGUAAAAUGGGGACCAUGGACCUAUGAAAUCAAGCUCCAAUAAGUUAUCAUAAAUCUAACAAAUAAAUUUACUAACUUAUUAAUUCUUCGUGACUCCACUAUAGAUUCAGAAUUGCACUCUUGAAUUCAUAGAACACUUUAUAAAAAAUAUAAAUACGCUAUUAAUUAUCCAUUAUUACAACCAUAAUUGUCACUCAAUCCUCUAUAGACGGUCUAUAAUGAGAUGAGACUAAAAUACCGUUUUACCCCUCAUUGUAUUUUAUCCUUAAAACACUUAUUUCCUUGUAAAUGAUAUUUCAGUAAACUAAUUUAAUUACUGAAAUGAGAUAUCGAUCAUUUAACAACUUGAACCAAACUAAAAGGAAACCAUCGUUUCACUUCUUCAUCAGAAGUUAUAGAUGUUCAUAUCUAUGAUUAACACUCCCACUCAAUUAUACUACCGAGUUCCCAAGAUGUAAGUAUGGGCUAGUUCAUAGGGUAAGCUGGUAACGAACAAGUCAAAGAACUCAAAUAAUACAAUAAGUUAUAAUACUAAUGUAACGACCCAACUACUCUAGACUUUGGACCAUUAAUGACUACUAUACACAGACACUAAUCUUUAAGAAAACGUACACAUGAAAUAAACAUUACUCCAUUAAAACUUGUAAAACAAAUGUUAAACUGCAUAAAAUUCAAAGUAGGAUAUGGGAUCCCAUAGUUUUGAAAAUAAAAAAACAUAACAUAACUUAAAUAAAUGGGUUACAAAAUUAAGUGCGGAAAAUACAUAUAAAGCAUAAUUUUUAAAAGAUUAGGAAGCGGCUUCAUCCUCGAAUCGAACGCUCAGUCCACCGAUUCCAUCCUGCCUCAAUACACAUCCCCAAGCUACCAAGAAUCUUCCCAUCGCCAUAGCUAUUUUCCUCCACAUACAAACAUACAGGAGUGAGCCUAAUGCCCAGCAAGGAAAAUCUACUACAAGCAUGAAACAUAUCAUACGCAUAACUAUAAACUAUAAACAUAUGACAUAUAUCUAUAAAACAUACAUCAUAUAAGACUAUACUAUUAAUGGCCAUUAAAACAUGUGAUAAACCAUCUAAGUCCCCUUUCUAAUAUCUGAGGUAGGUUAGAUCACAUGGUAGGUUUAUGAUAAUCCAUCUACGUCCCCUGUCUAAUAUCUGAGGUAGGGUAAAUCAUAACCAAGAAACAUAAGAAAACAUAACAUAACAUAUUAUAGCAUAACUUAUCAUAACAUAUCAACAUAACUGUUGACGCGGUUCUUCGCCAACAGAUAAUUAAGAGAAAGAGAGAAGAGGAUUAGUGCCAAAUAUAGAACCGUAACAGAUAUAAGAUCUUAGUGAAUGAAAUAGGUGACUCAAGACACGUUUUUAAGUGGUUCAAAGGUUAAAAUCCUUCUACUCCACUAGUCAAUAUUAUUGAUAUAUUAUGGGUAUUUGGUUACAAAGUGUAUCUCUCCAGAGACUAUUUUUUCCAACCCUUAUCAACUCCCAGGGUCUCCAUAUUUAUAGGAGAAGGCACCUAGAAGUUGGUAAGGAGGUCAUCCCGUGACCUUCUUAUUUGUCAUAUCAACUCUGUGACAUUCAUGAUUAAUUUCUAAACCUGACACAUAAGUAUGGUCAAAUCGAUAGAUAAGGAGAUAAUGGGCCGCAUGGCCCAACCCAGCCGUGGGUGUCUGAACACGCACGUUCCUGCAGCGUGUCCGAGAAGUCAGGGAGAUAUCGGACACGUGAUGUCAGAUAUAUGCAUGUUUAUCUUGCGUGUGUUGACUUUACAAGGGGUCAUGGCCUCCAUAUCUAGCUCGUACCACGAGCUGUGCAUCUGACCCGACCUUCAGCAUUUCGAUUCCUUGCUCCAGUCUUGGGAGUCUUGGCGAGUCCUUGAGGAUUCCUCGAGCUAAGGGGGGUACGACCUCAAGACAGGAACUCCGACCUGGGGGAUGUUUAUGGACUAACCAUGAUUAGUCCGAAGCUCGGCCUGCUAAUCAGCCCGUGGGAAAAUCAGGGCGUACAUCUGCCCCCCAAGCUCCUGCUCGUGGUAUAUGACGUCAUAUAUAAGACCAUAGUAGGGGCUUUUAGACUUCCCCACAACUCUUCGCAUUCCACUCUUUAUGCAGGCGCUCGACACGUGGCACAUUGUGGGUGGUGACGGUACGUCUUACGAGAACCGCAUUUAAUGGCCUAGCCUAUGCCCAGCUGUCGUUUCGUAUUUCGAGUGGAAGGCCUCGGAUCCCUCAUCAGGGCCAUCCAAGAGCCUUCUACACGUGAUCCUUCACGCAUAUAAAAAAGGGGUGGCCACCCUACGCACGGGCCACCCUUUCAUUCGAAAUUUUUCAAACCUCUUUUCCUCUUUCCUCUCCAUACUCCAUUCUGACACAAACUAAUCUUGCAGCCAUCUUCGCGAGGACCGAAAAGUCUGUGACCCUCGGGGGCCAAUAUGACACGCUGGCGGGCUUGCCCCCCAGCGAGAAGGAUUAUCGCGCUCUCGUGACGGACGAGACGAUGGUGUUCUGCAAGCUGAUUUUUCCAAAUCAGACCCUGAACCUAAAGAGGCCCCGGGGGCCGCCCCCAGCUCGGGACACCAGACCUGUCAUCGUGGAGGAGGUCGCGGGUGAGGAAGACGAGGAGGACGAGGAGGCCGAAGUUCCGCUCGUGAGGAGCAGGAAGAGGACCUUGGACGUCGCCCAGAGCAUGGGCGAGGAGAGGUUCCAAUCCGGAGCAGCCGCGGGUCCUUCUGGCCAAGGUAACUCUUGCUUGUUUAGGAGUCUAGAUAGGGCCGCUGUAGACCCCCGGCUGGCUAGGUUCAAUCCUAGGCAGAUCGUCCAUCGUCACAGGAGCGAUCCGGACUUGAACACACUUCUGCUCCAUUGUGUCGACCGUAGUAGUAGAUAAUACCCUAGCCUUUAGGUCGAUCCUAUUCGAGGAGUAUGGGACCAACCUACGCACAUGGCCAUCACUCCAAAGGGGUAUCUAUGCUCCGGGGCUUAGGCAGUAUGUAGAAGAAUCUAGCCCCGAGUCAGAACCGGACCCAGAACUUGCGCCAGUUCGGGAAAUAAUCGUCUUAGGCUCUUCCAGCUCGGGGGAAGAGAUGUCUCAGCCCGAAGAUAGCUUGCGGGGCGUGGUCUUCGGGGGGAACCCCUCAGCCGGGCCAAGACAGAAAAGGAUCCGGGGUUCCAAGAGCACUGCUGGGGUCUCCACCAAAUCUCCGGAAAAGGAGAAGGAGAAAACCCCGUCAGCCCAGGUCAUGGGGGCGAUCCUUCCUGCUGCCGGAGCAGGACGAAUGCCUCCACCGCCUCAGCGAGUUCCGCCUUCCACCCAGGACGUAGGAAUGGAGAUCGGGACUCUGUCUGUGGCGGCCUCCGAUGUACGCAUCCCGGUCAAUCCCCAGGACCUGGAGAAGAUCCCAGAGGCCUUCCGGGGAACGGUGUACGAAUCGGCGAACUACGCCGUUAGCCAUAUCUAUAAGUUCACCGAGAAGGAACUCCGGACUAUUGAGACAAUGAGCCCGGUUGACGUUAUGGACUCUUCAAUGAGCAUGACCCUAACGGGUGUCGUCGCCCUUCACCAAAGCAUCAUCAGGGCCAGAACUCAGCUCGAUGACAUGAGGACCGAGCACCAGGCCACCCUUCAGGAGGUUAAGGCGACUAAGGAUGCCUUGGCGACCUCGAAGGUAGAGUUGGAGAAGACCCAGGUCGACUUGGAGAAGACCCGCCUGAAGGUCCAGGAGCUCGAGACCUCCCUUGCCACCUCGCAGGCAGACCUCGAGGCAGCGAAGACUGAGAUCCAGGCCGCCCAGGCCGCCCUGGAGGCCAAACGGACCAUCUCGGAGCAGUCCAUGCAGGAUCUGUUCUAUCACUGUUGGGUCUACAAUCCAGAGGCUAACUUCUCUUUCAUGCCACCGGGUCUCUGGGCGCGCUUGCUGGUGAAGUUCCAAGCUCACCUCGACAAAGAGGCGCCGCCUUCGGAGACUGGGGAAGCCUCUGGUGCGGCGGAGCAGGGUGAAACGGCGACCUCCAAAGGGCUGACUGACGGAGCUUAGGGUGCUUUUUCUCUUCUUUUUUUUUUUCUUGCCUUUGAAUAUUUUGAAGUAUUUUUUGUAACCUUUGCAUGAGGUGUUUUCACCUCGAGACAAUUUGCCUUACACCUUUAACUCAUAUUUUUUCAUGCUUUUGGCUACAAUAUAUAUAUCUUUUUGAUAAACUUUGUUCGUGUUAACCGCUAUUUAUAUCUCGAGCUCUUUGAAAAGAACAGCGAGCGAUAAAUAGAUUUACAUCAACGUCUAAGUUUUAUGACCAAGUUAAAACCAGGAACUUAUUUAGAAAACUUAGUUCGUGUUAACUUUUAUCCAUAUCUCAAGCUCUUUAAGAAGAACAAGGAGAAAUAGAUUUAAAUCAACUUCUAAGCUUUAUGACCCAGUUAAAACCAGGAACUUAUUUAGAAAACUUAGUUCGUGUUAACUUUUAUCCGUAUCUCGAGCUUUUUAAGAAGAACAACGAAACAUGGAUUUACAUUAACUUCCAAGUUUUGUGACCCGGUUAAAACCAGGAGCUUAUUUAGAAAACUUAGUUCGUGUUAACUUUUAUCCAUAUCUCAAGCUCUUUAAGAAGAACAACGAAACAUGGAUUUACAUUAACUUCCAAGUUUUGUGACCCGGUUAAAACCAGGAGCUUAUUUAGAAAACUUAGUUCGUGUUAACUUUUAUCCAUAUCUCAAGCUCUUUAAGAAGAACAAGGAGAAAUAGAUUUAAAUCAACUUCCAAGUUUUAUGACUCGGUUAAAACCAGGAUAGGACUUAGUUAGCGUUAACCCUUAUCCAUAUCUCGAGCUCUUUAAGAAGAGCAACGAUCCAUUGAUAAGGAUCAACAUCUAAGUCGUUAAGGAGACCUGGUUAUAUCCAGGUACCAUAUGCCCCCCAAGUAACUGGGAAAGGGUCUUUCGUGGUUACUUUAAGAUUACAAUUGCAAAUAUGCGUAAAAAGCUGAUUUUUAUUAAUACAUAGAAAGUGGCUUUCCAGGCCUUACAAGUGGAUCAUUGAUAAUAUUUCUUGAAGUGGAUGGCGUUCCAAGUCCGUGGGACGGUCCCUCCAUCAAGUCGAGAUAACUUAUAAGUUCCCUCCUUGAUGACUUCGAUGACCUGGUAGGGUCCUUCCCAGUUCGGUCCCAAGACUCCAUCUUUGGGAUCUUUUCCGCCCAGGAAAACUCUUCUUAGGACCAAGUCGCCAACGCUAAAGGCGCGUUUUCUGACCUUGGUGUUAAAGUAGCGAGUGAUCUUCUGCUGAUAAUGGGCGAGCUGGAGUUGCGAAUCCUCUCGCCUUUCAUCAACUAGGUCUAGGGAAUGGCAUAGGAGCUCAUGGUUCCGACCUUGGUCGUAGGACUGGACACUAUGCGAC